CGGAGGCACCACGGAAACGACGCUGACGGAAUAAUGGAACUCGUUCGCUAGACAUUCUAGAAUUCGCAUCACAAUCGUCGCGGUUCGGUCUCGUGGACGGCGUUUUUUUUCUGUAUCAGUGCCGUGUUGGGUAUUUUCCCCCAAAAUAUUACGAAUUUUGGUUCUGGAAUUUUGUUCCUAAUAUUUUUCUAUUUCAAGACUGGUAAUUUAUCGAAUAGCAGGCUGACAAUUUAUCGAAAACUAUUUUUGUUUUCUUUUUACAACUGUUUUGCCACAGAAAAUGCGGAGGAUCCGCUGGGUUGCUUUAAUUCAGUUCAGUUUAGAUAAUGGACUAACUUCGCUAUUUUAAACCAGUCUGCAGUAUAAGCAGAUAAGGACAAGGACGCUUGCAAUGUCACACGCCGAAGUGGACAUGGCUGGACUAGGCUUCCAUAAGUUACCUUCCAGUUUCGACGCCGAGUCUUUCUUCCCCGUUCGCCUUCCACCGAGGCGCAGGAGACACUCGGCAAACUCAAAAAGAAAUGCGUACCGGCUAAACAAAAUGCACACCAUGGACACAAUGGACCCCGAAGAGCGCGUAGCUCCUCUGACUAAAACUCUGUCUUGGUCUGCUGACAACAUUUUAUCUGAAAGCACCACAGAGGAGACCAGGGCGGACUCGUCUGCUCCCAGCUCGAGCUCGCCUCCCGGUACCCAGGGUUCCGAUCCAAUGCCCGCGCAAGAUAACUGGACCAUCCGGGAGUCCAGCUCAAAACCACUGGACGCCAGCACGGACUCGGAGGACGAAGCUGCGCCGAAGACGACGGCAGCGCCGCGCGUGCCAUCCGAGAGGAAGUGGGAGCAGGAGAAGGAGGACGAAGUUGAGACCAAAGCAGUGGCCACUUCACCUGACGGCAGGUUUCUUAAAUUCAACAUCGAGAUUGGCAGGGGGUCGUUCAAGACGGUGUACAAAGGCUUGGAUACGGAGACGACCGUGGAGGUGGCGUGGUGCGAGCUGCAGACGCGGCGCCUGACCAAGGUGGAGCGUCAGCGCUUCAGCGAGGAGGUGGAGAUGCUGAAGGGCCUCCAGCACCCCAACAUCGUCCGCUUCUACGACUCCUGGAAAUCCACCGUCAAGGGCCACAAGUGCAUCAUCCUGGUCACCGAGCUCAUGACGUCAGGGACCCUCAAGACAUAUCUGAAGAGGUUUAAGGAGAUGAAGCUGAAGCUGCUGCAGCGCUGGAGUCACCAGAUCUUGAAAGGCCUCCACUUCCUGCACACGCGAGCCCCGCCCAUCAUCCACCGCGACCUCAAGUGCGACAACAUCUUCAUCACGGGUCCAACAGGCUCAGUCAAGAUUGGAGAUUUGGGUCUGGCUACGCUCAAGAGUGCCUCUUUUGCCAAGAGUGUCAUAGGCACCCCGGAGUUCAUGGCUCCGGAGAUGUAUGAAGAGAAGUACGACGAGGCCGUGGACGUCUACGCCUUUGGAAUGUGCAUCUUAGAGAUGACCACAUCCGAGUACCCUUACUCAGAGUGCCAAAACGCCGCCCAGAUCUACCGCAAAGUCACCAGCGGCAUGAAGCCAGAGAGUUUUUUCAAAGUGAGAGUGCCUGAGCUGAAGGAGAUCAUAGAGGGUUGCAUCCACAUGAGCAAAGACGAAAGGUACACCAUCCAGGACCUGCUGGAGCAUCCCUUCUUCCAGGAGAACAACGGCGUGCACGUGGAGCUGGCGGAGGAGGAUGACAUGAUGAAGUCAGGCCUCAAGCUCUGGCUCCGCAUGGAUGACACCAAGAAGCUCCACGGCAAGUACAAGGACAAUAACGCCAUUGAGUUCCUCUUCGAGCUCUACAAGGACGUACCAGAGGAGGUGGCUCAGGAGAUGGUGGUGCUUGGCUUCGUCUGUGAUGCUGACUACAAGAUGGUGGCCAAAGCCAUCCGUGACCGCGUCACCGCCAUCAAGCGUAAGCGCGAGAAGUUCCGCCGGCAGGCCGUGGAGGCGCAGAAGAGGCGCCGAGGGGAGGCGAUCGAGGAAGAGCCCGAGCACGGCGCAGAGGGCGAAGGUCCCGCCCCCGGCGCCCCGCCUCCUCGGGCCCGGCCUUUGGCCGAGCCCCCUGUAUCCAGCCCGGCCCAAACUCCGCCCACCGUCACAGUGUCCGGCCCUGUGCCGUCCAGGGAGGAUGGCUCCAUAGACUCGGGGAUUAACGCCAGCUUCGCAACAGAGGUGGAGGAGCCGGAGAUGGAGCAGCAGCCGCUCUACAGCGUCCACCAGACCAGCUGCUCCUCGGCAGCCUCGGAUUGCGAGACAGACGGCUACCUCAGCUCCUCUGGGCUUCAAGAACCAUCGGAAAGCCUGCCCCCUGUGGCAAACCCCGCCUACCCUCCUGCGCCACGGCCCAAUGAGACAGCACAUGUCGAGGCUCCAGUGGCUGAAACCCCGCCCACCGAAGCACCACACGCCCAGGCUGUACCAGUCCCUGCCCUACGCUUCCCCUCAAGCAUUGCCGUGUCCCAUAAUGCUGAGCGAACCCACUUCAGUGGUGCCAGUGGUUUCUCUUCUCCUGUCGACAGCUACGCCUCUGAUGUCACAUCCGGUUUGAGUGAUGGGAAUGAGGGCUUAUCGGAAAUUAACACCAAAGACCCCGGCAAACGCACAGGAAGCAAACUCCUCAGGAAGAGGGCUCGCUCACGGCUCCGCAUAACAAGGCUGUCAGAUAAAGUGGAUCGGGUGGUGGAGUGCCAGCUGCAGACCCACAACAGCAAGAUGGUGACGUUCAAAUUCGACCUGGACGGUGACAAUCCUGAAGACAUCACUGCUGUCAUGGCAUACAAUGAGUUCAUCCUGCCGACAGAGAAGGAGGGAUUCCUGCUUCGUAUGAGAGACAUUAUCCGACGCGCCGAGGCCCUCAUGAAGAGAGAGCCCCUGGGGGGGCUGGACCCCUCCAACGCCCUGCGCCUGCCCUCCCUGAACGUGGCAGGGACCCUCUCAGCCUCCCAUCCGAACCUACACACCCAGGGGCUGGCGCGCACACACUCCUCUUCCUCCCUGCCAGACUUCGCAGGGGUUAGUGUGGCUCAGGUGACCCGAGGCUCCUCCCCUGGGCUGGGCGGAGACUAUUACCUCGAUCCCGAUGCCGCCAUGCCAGUGCGCCCCCUCCGAUCCCAGUCCUUCCACACCUCAGAUUACACAGCAGCACCUCCAGGACAGGUGACACAUGGCUCCUCCCCUGGGGUGGGCGAAGACCUCUAUCAUGACCCCGACGCCAGAUCACCUGUCCGCCCCUUUCGCUCCCAGUCCUUCCACACCUCAGGUGCCUCCCAGCCCCACCCUCCUCCUGCCUCCCACUACCCACAAUACCCCAGCGCCGACGUUCGGCCCCUGCUAUUGCCCAACCAGAUGCCUGCCGUGCCCCUCCAGUACCCCCAACCGCCGUUCCUGCCCAACUCCCCCUACCCCUACCCGUACUUGGUCAACCAGGUGCCCCCGCAAGCCUUCGUCAACCCGCCUCCACACGCCCAACUCGCCAGCAGCUCCGCCCCCUAUCCCGCCCCCUCUCCCGCAGCUCAGCAAGCAGGGGGCGCCGCUCCGGACGACAGUAGCCCUCUGUCGCCCCCUGCUGCCCACAGCAUGCCUCCGAGCGUGCAGGCUCCCGGCCUGUGGCCCGGCCACUCUGAGCAGCCGCUCCUGUCCCUGGCCAACGUGCUGUCGCUGGCCAUGAGCGUGGCCCAGUCCCUCAUGCCCCCGGAGACUAUGGCCAGCAGCCUUCCACAGGGCUUCCUGCCAGGCUACGCACCCGCGUACGGGCCACGGCUCUCGGCCACGGGCCGAAACCAGGUGCCGAGCCAGCGGGGGGCGCCGCUAGCGGGCCAGCUCGCGGACGCGGGCCCGCACUCGGACAACCCCGCGCAGGCUCUGAGCCUCAGGCCAGAGCGGCGCGAGGAGAUCCCCGCGUCAGCUCAGCCAGGGAACGUGAGCUCAUCUGGGGGCUCGCAAGGAGUGGCUGCAGGGCCGCCCACAGCGGCCAGGCAGCCUACUGGGAGCCCGGCUGCAGGGCCCCUGGAGAGCCCCCGGGCGGAACUCCAGGCAGGCCUCAGAGAGCAGCAACAAAAGCAGGUGGAGAGGUCCUCCAUCUCCUCCUCUAGCUCCACCACUUUCUCCACCAGCUUCUCGAGCAGCUCCCGAGACUCCUCUACCUCAGUCAGCCCACAGAACACAGUAUCUUCUCUGAUUGGGUCUAAUACUGCUGUGAGACUGUCCCCUAUAUCUGAGGAUAAAAAGCCUGUCAUCACCGUGGGACGAUUUCAGGUCAGUCUCAGUAAAGAGAUGACCCCACCCACAACUCCACAACCCUGCUCACCAACACCGCCCCUGGCCCCGACACUCUGUGACCACAGCCAAUCAGAGUACAGCACCGUGGAACAGGGGGAAUCAGAAACCAGCCUUAGCACUGUCGCUGUGGCUUCUGCUGGCAAAGGACCCACUGAGCCACUGAACGACCACAGCAGCACCCCCUGCUGGACUGGAGACGGGACCCCAGAGAACCGAACGGUUGAAGCGGAGGGCGGUGACAGUGCUAGCGAUGGUCGAGAGGACACAAGGGAAGGCAAGGCAAGACGCAGGAGGAUAAACCUGAGCAUGUGGGAGGGUCCGGCGGGGGGCGCCGCCUACGCAAGCGUGAACCAGCCAUGGACGAUGAGGUACACGCGCAGCACCUCCUACGCCAGCAGCGACGAGACGGAGAGCGAGGACGAGGACAUGUCGGAGGAGUUUCAGGAGCUACGCGAGAGGCACCUGAGUGAGGUACAGACUCUCCAGGCCUCUCAGAAGCGGGAGAUUGAGGAGCUGUACGAGCGCAUGGGGAAGGUCCCCCCUCCGGGCAUCGUGUCUCCUGCCGCCAUGCUGUCCAGCCGCCAACGUCGGCUCUCCAAGAACGGCGGCUACCCCUCCUCCCGCAGGAACAGCCUGCAGAGACUCGACAUACUGCCUCCUACUGGAAUCAUGUGGAAUAACUCGGUAAGCAGCAGCAGCAGUGGCUCUCAGGAGAGAGCAUCUAAAGGCGUGACUUUUGCUUCUGACUACGCUAGAGUGUGACAUUGUCUCCUGCUCAGAGGACAGCGUGACCUUCUGACAGCGUGACCUCCUGACAGCGUGACCUUCUCCUGAGUCAUAAGGGCGUCUCAGUAUGUAGUUGCUGGCACUUGUUAGCGGUGGAGUGGUCAUCGUUAAGCACCUUGCUUUUCCUUGAUCCUAACAUUAACCAUGUUGAUGGGAAGUCAUUGUUUUGUGUGUUUCGUUUAUGUAGCAAAAUCGCCCCCUGCUGAUGUGGUGUCUGAGCUACAGCUCAGUAUCUGCAUGAAUAACAAUUGAUUGACUUUUUUGAAUUUACCAAUAAACUUUUCAUUU